CGCUGCCUUCAUCGUCUCCAAUCCGUUCUCAGGCUCUUCAGAUCCAAUCUUCUGUAGAUUCUGGGAAGCAGGACCUGUCCCUGUUUUGUUCUCUGAAAUAAGAGUCCUCUGUAACAUUUGAAUCGACUUCCGUUCUCGUUAGGUGCUUGAGAAAAGGAAGCAUUUUAUGGACUCUCUUCGGUUUCGAUUCGAUUACCUUCUUCCCGAAUGAAAAUUUCGGUUCUAGGACGGGCGGUGGAGCAAAGCUUCAAGCUUUGGAAUCGUCAGAAUCGAAAGUUUGGAUUUUGGCCUGCAACGAAUUGAGUUCAUCAGUUCAUCAGCUGCUGGUCGUUUCUCCCUUCUUCCAUAGAAUGGAUCUUUGCUGCAGCAAAGAAUUCAAUCUGGAUUUUUGGAUUCCAUCUUCUUGUUUUGGUUUGGGAUUCAGGUCAAUUACUUGAUUCCCUUUCUGCUAAAGGGUUUAGGGGUUUUGGCCGCUUCACAAUCUUGCUUCUGUUCUUCAUUCCCUUCUCAUCUCUGUCGGAUGCUGGACAUUUUCUGUCUGAAUGUUCUAAUAGAGAGAAGAAUUCCGUAAAGGUUUAGGGUUUUAGGAGUAGAUUUUGGUUGUUUUCGGUCUCAGACUCAUCUGAAGCAUAGAAUUCUGAGGCUUGUAGGUUGUACAAUUGCAUCGUUUUCUUCGAGCUACCAUGUCGUCGUGCCUCGGCGGCGGCGGUGGCCGGGCCUACGGCUUCGACCUCGACAUCGUCAAGCCAUCGUCUCCGUCGUCGGGCCGCUCGUCGGACUCUUCCUCGCCUUCUUCCACCCUCUCCGAAUCGAGCAACACAAUCUCCAUCAAGAGGGCGGCGAGAACUCCGCGGAAGAGACCCAAUCAGACCUACAAUGAGGCCGCCGCGCUCCUCUCCACCAUCUACCCCAACAUCUUCUCCACCAAGAGCCUAAAGAAGCUGUCCAAGAACCCUCGAACUUUUGCCUCCUUCCCUGAAUCCUCCGACCUCCUGCCGCCCUUCCCGGUCCUCGGCGACGCCGGCUUCCUAAUCGACAAGAUUCAGCCCGAGAAACCCGCCGCCGUACGCGUCGAGCUCAAGCUUAAGGUUCCGUUCGAGAAGGAGUGCACGAGCCCAGUGAGCAACGUCUCCUGGGAGCCUAACUCCCCGAACCCCUUCGACGAUGAUGACGACUUCGACGCGGAGUCCAUUCUCGAUCAGGAGGUCGAAGCGGGCAUCGACAGCAUAAUGGGCAACCUCAACACGAACACUCCCACCGACGACGACAACAGUGAGGGAUCGAAUCACUCCAAUUCCGGCAUCAAUCCUUUGCUUCGGAGUCUCAUCGGAUGCAAAAUGGGCGGCAAGUUCGAGCUCGGGCUCGGGUUCAGGCUCAGAAGAAACCUGCAGCGAGCGCUGAGGAACAGCGAUGAGGGCUACUGGUGGAGGUCUCCAACAGUACCAGUUCGAGACAUCACUCCAGAUAUCAACCCGUCGACGGCGACGGCCACGGUGACGCCGCCGGCUUUGGAGAAGAAGAAGAAGAAGAAGAAGGUGGACAAGGAGGAAGUGGAUGGCACGAAGAAUUCCGCAAGCGCUACUCCCAACCCACCGCAGGAAAAGCUGAAGGCUUCUCUGGGGCUCAAACUGAGCCACGAGGAGGUCAUCAAUGCAUGGUCUGACAGCGGCUCCAUCUUCUCAGACGGCCCUGACUCGCCGAAUUCAUCCGCCGACGCUCUCGCCAGGUUGGCUGACAUCGAUCUCUUUCUUGACGCGGCGGGCGUCGGCGGAGUCAGGGAGGCGAGCGUUCUGAGGUACAAGGAGAAGCGGAGGAGCCGACUGUUCUCGAAAAUGAUCCGGUACCAGGUGCGGAAAACGAACGCCGACCGGCGGCCCAGGAUGAAGGGUCGCUUUGUGAGGAGGCCAUCCCUUCUCCAGCAAGCGAUAGAGGAAGAGCGGCAGUGAAAACCAUAGUUGCAGAAGACAUCAAGGUCAAAGUGCUAAUAAGAUUCUCCGGCAUCAAGGAGAGGUAUAUUAGGCCUUCAAUCUUGCUGCUGCAUCUUCUGCUCGUUCCUGGUUGCUACCAAACUGGUCAUGCUAAGAAAAAGGUGCAGAUUAAGGUCGCAGCUUUGAUGAAAGAAGACAGCUAAGAACACAGUAAUCUACUGUCACGCAAACCAUAUGCUUCACGUGAAGCCUAGAUGACACACUAUCUUUCUUUUCAAGGGUGGUUGGGAUCAGAACUCAAGAACAUAGAUUCUGAUAUCGCUGUCGCGGGGGUGAAAGCUCGAUACGAUCAUGUCAGAUUGGUCAUGCUCAGCUUUGCUUGGAUUGAUUAAGUUUGAUGAAACAACAGAAAAGAUUUAAGAAUGGAAUGUUCUUUGUUCCGAUUCAA